AGACAUCUUAAACCAGAGGAAUGACUCUCUAGUUGUGGAAUUUCAGUCAUCAGCCAGCAGAUGCAGGAGUGUCUAUGAACCAGAUAGAAAUGCAUUACGGAGAAAAGAACGGGAAAGAAGAAAUCAAGAAACUCAACAGGAUGAUGGCACGUUUAAUUCUAGUUACUCUCUCUUCAGCGAGCCCUACAAGACUAACAAGGGGGAUGAACUCUCUAACCGGAUCCAGAACACUUUAGGCAAUUAUGAUGAAAUGAAAGACUUUUUAACUGAUAGAUCCAAUCAGAGUCAUCUUGUUGGUGUUCCCAAACCUGGGGUUCCUCAGACUCCUGUGAACAAGAUCGAUGAACACUUUGUUGCAGACUCAAGAGCCCAGACCCAGCCCUCAUCUAUCUGUAGCACUACAACUUCCACACCAGCAGCUGUCCCCGUGCAGCAGAGUAAGAGAGGCACCAUGGGCUGGCAGAAGGCUGGGCAUCCACCCUCAGAUGGCCAACAGAGAGCAACACAACAGGGCUCUCUCAGGACCUUGCUUGGAGAUGGUGUUGGCAGACAGCAGCCGCGGGCCAAACAAGUGUGCAAUGUGGAGGUGGGCCUUCAGACCCAGGAGAGGCCACCUGCCAUGGCAGCCAAGCACAGCAACAGUGGACACUGUGUUCAGAACUUUCCUCCAUCCCUAGCUUCAAAACCCAGCCUGGUCCAGCAGAAACCGACUGCAUAUGUGCGGCCGAUGGAUGGCCAAGAUCAGGCCCCCGAUGAGUCUCCCAAGCUGAAGUCAUCUUCGGAAACCAGUGUGCACUGCACAUCAUACAGGGGAGUUCCCGCCAGCAAGCCGGAGCCGGCCAGAGCCAAGGCCAAGCUCUCCAAGUUCAGCAUCCCCAAGCAGGGGGAGGAGAGUAGAUCUGGAGAAAACAACAGCUGUGUUGAAGAAAUAAUCCGGGAGAUGACCUGGCUUCCACCACUUUCUGCUAUUCAAGCACCUGGCAAAGGGGAACCAACCAAAUUUCCAUUUCCAAAUAAGGACUCUCAGCUUGUAUCCUCUGGACACAAUAAUCCAAAGAAAGGUGAUGCAGAGCCAGAGAGUCCAGACAAUGGCACGUCGAAUACAUCAAUGCUGGAAGAUGACCUUAAGCUAAGCAGCGAUGAAGAGGAGAAUGAACAGCAGGCAGCCCAGAGAACAGCUCUCCGUGCUCUGUCUGACAGCGCCGUGGUCCAGCAGCCCAACUGCAGAGCCUCAGUGCCUUCCAGCAAGGGCAGCAGUAGCAGCAGCAGCAGCGGCAGCAGCAGCUCCUCCAGCGACUCGGAGAGCAGCUCCGGAUCCGACUCAGAGACCGAGAGCAGCUCCAGCGAGAGUGAGGGCAGCAAGCCCCCCCACUUCUCCAGCCCCGAGGCUGAACCAGCAUCUUCUAACAAGUGGCAGCUGGAUAAAUGGCUAAACAAAGUUAAUCCCCACAAGCCUCCUAUUCUGAUCCAAAAUGAAAGCCAUGGGCCAGAGAGCAAUCAGUACUACAACCCAGUGAAAGACGAUGUCCAGGACUGUGGGAAACUUCCCGACGUUUGCCAGCCCAGCCUGAGGGACAAGGAGAUCAAGAGCACCUGCAAGGAGGAGCAGAGGCCGAGGACAGCGAACAAGGCCCCUGGGAGUAAAGGCGUGAAGCAGAAGUCCCCGCCCGCGGCCGUGGCCGUGGUGGUGAGCGCAGCCGCCCCGCCGCCCGCAGUGCCCUGUGCGCCCACGGAGAACGCGCCCGCGCCCGCCCGGAGGUCAGCGGGCAAGAAGCCCACCAGGCGCACCGAGAGGACCUCGGCCGGGGACGGCGCCAACUGCCACCGGCCCGAGGAGCCCGCGGCCGCGGACGCGCUGGGGGCGAGCGUGGUGGUCCCCCCGGAACCCACCAAAACCAGGCCCUGCGGCAACAGCAGAGCGAACCACCGCAAGGAGCUGCGCUCCUCCGUGACCUGCGAGAAGCGCCGCACACGGGGGCUGAGCAGGAUCGUCCCCAAAUCCAAGGAGUUUAUUGAGACAGAGUCAUCAUCUUCGUCCUCCUCCUCGGACUCCGACCUGGAGUCCGAGCAGGAGGAGUACCCUCUGUCCAAAGCACAGGCGGUGGCUGCCUCCGCCUCCUCCGGGAACGACCAGAGGCUGAAGGAGGCUGCUGCCAACGGGGGCAGUGGUCCCAGGGCCCCUGUAGGCUCCAUCAACGCCAGGACCACCAGUGACAUCGCCAAGGAGCUGGAGGAGCAGUUCUACACGCUGGUCCCCUUUGGCCGGAACGAACUUCUCUCCCCUCUAAAGGACAGUGAUGAGGUCAGGUCUCUCUGGGUCAAAAUCGACCUGACCCUCCUGUCCAGGAUCCCAGAACACCUGCCCCAGGAGCCAGGGGUCUUGAGCACCCCUGCCACCAAGGACUCCGAGAGCGCACCACCCAGCCACACCUCGGACACUCCCGCAGAAAAGACUUUGCCAAAAUCCAAGAGGAAACGCAAGUGUGACAUCGAAGACAACUACAGGGAGACCAAGAAGGCCCAGGGAGAGAAAGAGAGUUCUUCAAGACUAGCCACCUCCGCCAGUAAUACUUUGUCUGCAAACCACUGCAACAUGAACAUCAACAGCGUGGCAAUACCAAUAAAUAAAAAUGAAAAAAUGCUUCGGUCGCCCAUCUCACCCCUCUCUGAUGCAUCUAAACACAAAUACACCAGCGAGGACUUAACUUCUUCCGGCCGACCUAAUGGCAACAGUUUGUUCACUUCAGCCUCUUCCAGCAAAAAGCCGAAGGCCGACAGCCAGCUGCAGCCUCACAGUGGAGACCUCAUGAAAGCAGCUCACAACAAUUCCGAAAACAUUCCCCUCCACAAGUCACGGCCGCAGACGGAGCCGUGGUCUCCAGGCUCCAACGGCCACAGGGACUGCAAGAGACAGAAACUUGUCUUCGAUGAUAUGCCUCGAAGUGCAGAUUAUUUUAUGCAAGAAGCUAAACGAAUGAAGCAUAAAGCAGAUGCAAUGGUGGAAAAGUUUGGAAAGGCUUUGAACUAUGCUGAAGCAGCCUUGUCAUUUAUUGAGUGUGGAAAUGCAAUGGAACAAGGCCCCAUGGAAUCCAAAUCUCCUUAUACGAUGUAUUCAGAAACAGUAGAGCUCAUCAGGUAUGCUAUGAGACUAAAAACCCACUCAGGCCCCAAUGCCACACCAGAAGACAAACAACUGGCUGCAUUAUGUUACCGAUGCCUGGCUCUCCUGUACUGGCGGAUGUUUCGACUCAAAAGGGACCAUGCUGUAAAGUAUUCAAAAGCACUUAUCGACUAUUUCAAGAACUCAUCUAAAGCCGCCCAAGUCCCGUCUCCGUGGGGGGCCAGUGGAAAGAGCACUGGAACCCCAUCCCCCAUGUCUCCCAACCCCUCUCCCGCCAGCUCCGUGGGGUCUCAGGGCAGCCUCUCCAACGCCAGCGCCCUGUCCCCGUCGACCAUCGUCAGCAUCCCACAGCGCAUCCACCAGAUGGCGGCCAACCACGUCAGCAUCACCAACAGCAUCCUGCACAGCUACGACUACUGGGAGAUGGCCGACAACCUGGCCAAGGAAAACCGAGAAUUCUUCAACGACUUGGAUCUGCUCAUGGGGCCAGUCACCCUUCACAGCAGCAUGGAGCAUCUGGUCCAGUACUCCCAACAGGGCCUGCACUGGCUGCGGAACAGCACCCACCUGUCAUAGGGACCUCAACCUGGAGCCGGAUUGGGCUCUGGUCUCCAUAGAUGGCUCAACAUUUUUUGACACUGUGCUACUGAAAUUCCCAGCCACAGCAUUUAUCAAACUGCGGUGAAUAUUUCCUCAGCAUUGAACAAUGGUCUUUUCCAGGGCAUGUGUGUUUGUAUGUGUGGGUAUAUAAGAAGCUGCCUGUGUAUGUGUGUAAGAUACACAGCUCUUCAGAACACACCUUCUUUGUCUAGUUUCCAUAAUCCCAGGCUAGACAAAGUGAUCAGAGGUUUCUAAUUAGAGGAAAUACACACAUACACCAUACUCACACACAUUCACAGACACACACUUUCUAUUCCAGUGCUAAACCAUGACUUCUUAGAAAAUUCAACCAAAAUCUCAUGGGUUAGUUAACCAGUUGCAAUACAGCACACCAAAAGCUUGACUGCCAGUUAAGAUGGACCUGCUCUUACCUUGUUGAUUACUUUCAGUAUUAAUAUACUAUUCCCCAAUUAUUUUUUGAUCGAUAUGUAUUAAUGGGUAAUUGAAUAAUGAAAAUAAGCCAGAUAUUUUUGUGCCAGAAGUUUACUAGAUUGCAUGUUACCAAAUACCCGACUCUUCCUCUAAUUCCCUUCCCCCAUCUGAUUUUAUUAUCAACUAAAUGCAUUCCAGGCAAAAUGAUGGACACUCACAGCCCUUCUCAGCCCCGCCCCCAAGUAGUAUGCACAUGGCACUGAGAUUUGGCAAAAACUUUUAGUUCACGGAUGCUAAAGCAGCAGUGACUGUGUUGGAGCUCAGUUAGGAGUUGAGGUUUUCCGCACCUGUGAUAACACAUGCAUUUCUUCUUCUCGCCACUGUGACUUGAUGCUGUAGAAGCACAUGGCAUUUGUCAGUCAAUCUGUUUCAAGUAUUUUCUUUCCACCAAUAGCUUUCUUACAGAUUUUCUUGGCUAAAUGGGCCAUUACCUAGAAUGUCCCUUCAGUAGGAGCCUGAAUCCUUUGCUUUCCAGGCUAAGAGCUAUUUGCCGUGAUAAUGCUGUCUGAUCCUCUCACUCCUCAUGCAGAAUGUGCCACUGCAGUCCUUGGGUGCGUUUUGAUUUGGGGUGAUUUUUCAGGCUUUGAUUAGCAGGCUGCUUGCAGUGCAGAUCCCAGUUCUUGUCUGGGGCAGCAGCAACCAGAGCCUCUUCCUGUGUCCUGUGCGUCUAGUAUGUUUACAUCUUGCUCUGGGUUUUUUUCUUGUUUUCUUUUUUAAAAUUAAGUUUACAUUUUAGAUUUUUUUGACAUCUUGUUUACAGUUUUUGUCUAACGUUUUCUCUUUUAUAAUGUCUUAUGCCCUAGAUUUAGUUGUCUUGUUAAAUAUAUUUGGAUAUAAAAUCUUGGUGAAAAGAAAAUAACUUCUGAAAAAGAAGGUCUAUCUUGCCACACUUUAGAAACAAAAAUAAUGUCCUUGAGGCCUCUUGCUUGAUAAAGUUGCACCAGGACAGUCUGAGAAAGGCAAUCAGUGCAGUCUGUGGAAUAAUCCAUUUAUUCAAGGUGAUGGCGGCACAAAAUACUUAAGACUAGCUGCUGAUUAUACACAUUCACUGUUACUCUCAUGAUUAUAUACGUUCACUGAUACUCUUACAGGUUGGGUUGCAGCAUUAACAUUUUUGUCAGCCUGAUCUGUAGGUGAGAAAUAAGAUCACUGUAAUUCCCUAGCUCUGAGCACUGAAUCAAAAUCAUAUAAAUGAUUAAACUUAGAUGACUUGAAAUUAAUUGAAAAUAAGCAAGUGAAGGGCUUGUGGAAUCUGCAUUUGAUUUUGGCCUUCAAGCAUCUGAGAAUAUUAAGAAGACUUCCAUUUUACAUGUCUCCAACAGAGGUGCUUCUUACAACCCUUUCACGUUUUUUUGUUUUUGUUUGUUUUUUUCAGACAGUGUCUCGCUCUGU